CGGAAAUGUUUUUAAAAUAAUUAUUUUACGCAGUUUUUAACGAUUUUUUUACAUGGGAAAAUUUGUUUUCGAGUAUUCGAUACUGUCCGCAAAAGGAAAUGAAAACAACAACUCGCUGAUCACUUAUGCAUGUCAUUACAAUACGAAGGACGGUAAACCGCAAGACUGAACAGCUGAUACUGAUAUAGUUUGGUACUGUAAGAUGAUUGACGAACUUAAUUUAUAAUUAAAGAUUGACACUUGUUCAAAAGGUAUUUAUUUUGAUAGUUAUACUUUCCGUACUCAGACUGGUUUUUGGAAUUAUACAUAGUAUGAUACUAUUAGUAUAAGUUAGUCAGUAAGUUGAGUAAGUCGGGUCACAUUCUAAUAAAUGAUUUUUCUAAGACUCAAGACUGUCUUCGUAAAAACGAUGACGAUGGAGUUCUGAAUCUGAAUAGUAUUUUUAGUAUAGUAGCUUACUCAGCUACUGAAUAAUAGUAAUGUAAUUGGAGUAGCUUUUAUACGUUUUUAACACUUCAUCAAAAUAAUAAAAUGGCUUAUCACUGAGACCGAUCCUGGAACUGGAAUGGCAUAGCGUUCUGGGCUGCACUUCUCGCAGGAGAACCUUGACUUUUUGGAAUUAUAGUGUAACUAAUUAAACCUUUCGGGAUGGAUACUUUUCGGGGUGUAUGUGCCAAAAAGACAGAGCACCUUUUACAAGCUCGGCACUCGCAUUGCAAAAAAAUGUAUAAAAAAAACACUAUUUCCUUUUUGGGACGGAAGGGCCAAUAGGUAAAUUUUGAGAGAGAUACCCGGUGUUUCCCCAGCAUGGCCGCCAUCUUUGUUGACAUGCUCCGUGAGAAGGUCACGGACCAUGUUAACCAAGAUAGCGGCCAAAAUGUAUUUAACAUGUUGGCCUAAUGCCGGCAGUUGUGCUCCAAUUACUUGUGCACAUUUUUUUAUGUGGAACCUGCAAUAAAGUAUGUAAAAGUGCAUUUCAUGAAACUGUAAGUUGGGUUUUAAUUAUUUCUUUAAGAACUAUUUUUGGCUUCUUUUUUUUCCCAGACCCCUCCCCCACUUUCAAUACCAAAAUCAUAAACAAAAAAGAUUAUGAGGGGAGACCCCUCUCCAGACCCCUUCCCCAUUUUAAAUACCAAAAUCAGAAACAAAUAAAUUGUCUGGGGAGGAGUGACCCCCUCCCCAGAACCCCUCCCCAAUGUAAGAAAAAAUAAAAUAAGAAAACAGUUGAUCCAUAAACCUAACCCAAAGCCUCAAGCCACAAGUAAUCAGCCAUAAAACAUAUGACCUGAUAUGACAUUUGAAAAUGAACAAAAACCCCAAAAAAUGUCAAAAAAGAAGCCAAAAAUAAUUCUUAAACAAAGAAAUAAUUAAAACCCAACUUACAGUUUCAUGAAAUACACUUUUACACACUUUAUUGCACAAAUAAUUGGAGCACAACUGCCGGCAAUAGGCCAACAUGCUGAAAAGAUGGUGGCGCAAAUAAAAUAUGAUAAUUAGCCAACCAAUGAUAAUUUAAAAUCAUAAAUAAUCAACCAAUUAAACUUUUAAUAGGAAAAGGAAACAACGUCAUCAUCACUUCAUCCAACAAUGAAAUGAACAAAGGGGAAUGACUCCUGCACAAAUAUUAAAUAAACACGCAAAUGACGUCAUGGGUAAUAGUUCCAUCAAUAGCCGGCCGAUCUUUUGGCCCAAGGUGGAGUAGCAAAAAAGACAGAAGUCCGAACCAUCGGCCCGAUAAAUCGAGCCUCGUGAUUGCCUGGCUUGUCUUCGUACCAGAAAAUCAGAUUGCUUCUUACAUAACCCUGAACAUCCCGGCAUUGUAAUGACUAGCCAGCCAAUCUCGAGGCUUGAAUUAUCAGGCCGAUAGAUGGGACAUCCGUCUUUUUCGCUACUCCACCCUGGACCGACAGAUUGGCCCAUCCGUCCAAAGAGGGUUAAAUUAAAAUAGGCAAAUUCAAAUAGGCAUAGCUACUUUAGUUAGUAUCAUGAAAGCCUUAGACUUUAGAUGGCUGAAGUGAAAUGAGAAUGUAGACCACUGAGACUUUCUGAGACUGAGAUAGUGUGGUCCAUUGUGGUGAUUCAUUUGUGACACUCAACACUGACACUCAUCAAUCUCAUAUUAAGUUUGAGUAACUAAUAUUUAACAUAUUAAUAUUUCGGGCUUAACUAGCUUACUAUGGUCUAGGCCUAAUUAUUUAUUUCAUUUAUAUUCUAGCAAAAUAAAAACUGACUAUACUGAUACUGUGUUGUAAUGUCUCGAUUCUGUAUGAGGUCUAUGUCUAAUAUUUUAUUCAAAUUGAUCGAUGUCAGUUGUGACAUGUAUAUACUUAGAAGUUAGAAUUAGUAAUAUCCAAGUGCAAAUAAUAAGAUAUUGAGAACUUAAUUAAAUUAAACUUAAUAAUAAAGCUCAUAUUAUUAUAGGUGAAUAUAACCAUCUGGAAAAUAUGAGGUCUAUGUCUAAUAUUUUAUUCAAAUUGAUCGAUGUCAGUUGUGACAUGUAUAUACUUAGAAGUUAGAAUUAGUAAUAUCCAAGUGCAAAUAAUAAGAUAUUGAGAGCUUAAUUAAAUUAAACUUAAUAAAAAAGCUCAUAUUAAUAUAGGUGAAUAUAACCAUCUGAAAAAUACUAAAUAAUAGUAAAUAGGUCAAAAAAUCUGCUCUGGAGUUGUAGGUAUGAAAGCUACACAGUAAAACAAAAAUUUGUGCAUUUUAGAAGUUAGACUUCAGUCCUAGAGGUUAGCCCAUAUCAGUUUCCAUUAGAUUGGUCCUUAAACUUAAAGAUCCUUAUUAAAAAUAAAAAAUAAAAAACAUUAUUCACUUUACUUUACUUGAGAUGGAAGUUUAUCUUGGUAUUUAGUUAAUCAUUCAGCUGUGACAUCUAGACUAUAUAUUAAUACAACUCACAACUGUAAGUCAACUUAAUGUUUUACAAAUUUUUUUUAAGUUCAUAAAAUGCACAGUACAUGAACGUGACUGUGAGUAUAGAUCAAUACAUCUCCAAAUCCCCUAUUUUGUCAAGGACCAUUUUAUCUCUUUUUCUUUCAUGCCUUAUCAUGUUUAGCCAUAUAGAUUAGGCUUGAUUAGUUGAAAAAAUUUCUUUACCCAGGUCACUACAGAGUAUGUCAGGAAUGAGCUGUUGUGAGUCUGUACAGUAAAACCUAGACUAGUAUAAAUUGUGAGUUAACCAUCACAAAUAUUUCUUUCGCUAAAGCAACUGUCUGAUAAAGAAAAUUAAUUAAUUCUAUGGGUAACAGACAUUACAUACUGGGAUGCAAUACUUAGGUCAAAGUCUCACUUAUAAAGGCUUUUCAGAUCAAACUUAGGCAAAUGUGUUGUUAUUUAAGUUUAAGGUUGAUAAUAACAACAAGGUUUAAUUGUAGGGGUUCUCUAACAAUUUCAUUUGGGGUAGCAUUUUUACAGCGUUUGGUGACAAAUGAGGACAAGUGUUAAAUAAAAAUACUUAACUAUAGUAUAGACCAGUGGUUUUCGAACUGCUUAUCUGCAGACCACCAUUAUCAUCAGUGACAUUCCCCUACAUCCUUCCAUUCAGCCUGAUCUAUGGCUUUCUGCUUUCAUGCGCAGACACCCAGCUGGUGUAAGUCCUUCUCCACAUUGUCAAUCAAUCUCAGUCUUCAUCAAACAGUGAGCCAUCUGACCCUAGGCUUCUGUCUGCAGAUCACUUUUUCUGCUCUACAAUCUGGCCUUCCCUCAAGGGUCCUUUCCAGCACAGCCUGUCUUUUUUAAUAUUGUUGCCGCUAUGGGUUGGUCUUCGAAAAAUUGAUGUAUUUCUUGGUUUGUACGAAUUCUCCAUCCAUCAUUGUAUAACACUUGAUUGCAUAUUUUCCUAUGGAUUUAUCUCUCCCAUGUAUUGAACGGGUUCUUUGCUUUCUCUGUGAGGUUGUUCGCAGACCAGUUCGAAUUUUAGACAUUUUCAACCAGUCUGUGAAAAUAUAUUGUGGAUAUAUUGCGGCUUAACACACGAUCAUUUAGCGGAGACCAUUUAGAUUUUGUGACAUAGCAUGGCCAUUGAUAGUGAAGAGCCUUUUCUAUAGGAGAUCAAGACGUUUUCCUAUUAAAGUUGAAAAAUCAAUUGAGUAAACAAUCAAAUAAGAAAAAAAUUGAAAAAAUUAUGACAUCAAUUUUGGGUACAGUUCUACUAAUUUGUUAUAAAAUUCAUUUUUUUCCUACUUUCAUUUUUUGACUUUGCAUUAUUUAUCAAUAAAGAAGUGAAAUCUUUUGAAUCAAUCGACCUAAAUAAAUAUGAAGUUUAUGGAGAAGACAGGACACAAUGAACUUCUAAUUAUUUUGUUUUUUGUCCUUCUAAUAUUUCUAUCCUUGAUAUCAUAGUAUAUUGUAUUAAAGUAAUGUAGGGGCAAUCCAUAAAUGAAAUCACACUUCUAGGGGGAGGGAGGGUCACGAUUAUCUGAUGCUCUAUUAUGAGGGUGUCUUAAAUUGUGUGAGAUCAAUUAUGAAUGGCCCCUAUAAUCUGUGAAUCUAUUUUUAAAAUAUUCAGUCUAUAUUUUCAUUACAAAAAUGAUGGUAAAAUGUAUGGGUAUUAUGCACCUUAUUUUUUUUUCCAGUAGAUUUUGUACACAAGCUUAAGAUCUGAUUUGUGUUUUUCAGUAGAGGAAAAUGUCAAACAGUGAGUUACCCCCAACAUCAGGCCGUUCUGUGUUUUCUGUGUUUGGAUUCAGUAGCAACCAUUAUGCUGACAUUGAUGACUUUGACAGCCCGCUGGAGUCUGCUCCCGACUCAUUCAGUGGAGCCGAUCCACCAGCCUUGACCCGGAGAAGAGGGGCAAGGAAGAAGUCUGAUGAAUUAGUUCCAUUUACAUCUACUGAGGGUGGUAAGUGCUAUGCUUUUUUUUUUUUCAAUCUUCCUCUUGUCAUUUAAACUAAUGCUCUAGCAUUCAUAUCUUUUGAGUGUUAAUGAACUGAUUUUUUAAAAAGUGCACUUUUAGCAGUGUCAAAUCAGUAAGAAAAUAUGAAGCAUGGUAAUGUAAUUAGAAGGAUUUAAUAUUCUGUCUCUGGCAACUAGUUUAAAAAAAAAUUCCCGUAGUGCUUUUGGUUUAAAAUAAGCCUGCAAUAGAAUUAGAAAAAUAGAAUACUUUGAAACCAAACAUUUAAAUUUCCCAUAAAUGAAUUAUUAUUUUUUAAAAAAAUCAUUUAUUCAUCCCACAUAAAUACCCGUAAGCCUGUUUCCCUAAGCAACUUCACAGGUCAUUUCAUUUAAACUUUAUCAUGGGCCGGCUUGCCAUCAAUUUUAUCAUUGGCAUUUUUCACAUAUUUUUGUGGUGCUGCCUAAAGGCCAGUUACGUGUGGAUUAUCCAUCACCAUCCACGGUGAAUCCAUCAAGCGACCCAAAUAUCCCCAAGCAUUUUUGGGCAGCAUUUUUUGCUGGUGAUGGUAAGAAGGAGUGUGCAGUUCACCCAGCCGAGGAUGCUAUAGCAUAGUGUAGACAUUGCUCAUUGCCAUGCAUGUGCUCCAUGUUAACCCUCACACCACUACUUAGGUGUCAGUUUUUUUUUUAUGUUUACACCAGCACACGUUUUUUAAAUUAUUUCAUUGUAUCUUAGUAAUAGUGAUUAAUUUUCAUGUUCUUUUUUUUUUUAUCAAGGAUAAUAUUUGUCUGAUAACAGGUUUAUAUUUUUCUUUUGCUUAAGUGAAUCUGUCACGUUGCACACAUACAUAGUAAAAAAGCUUUUCUUUCAUCAUUUUAUAAAUUAUACUUUACCCUUUCAUGGCUGUCUAUGUACAAAAAUAGAAAAGCUGAGAACUAUUUCUUUGGAAAACAUUAAUUUAUAAUAUUUAUUUUAGUUUAAAUUCUUUCAGUUUGUAAUGCUUUAAGUCAGUUUAAUUGGAGAAGAUUUCUUCAGAAGAUGCAGGAGAAUUUCGACUUAUGCUAUGAUUAGCUUACUUUUAAUGGUCAGCUUACUUUUAAUGGUCAGCUUACUUUUAAUGGUCAGGAUAAAUAAUCUCAUCACUUUAUAUACAUUUCGACUUUUUCCCCAUUGUCUCAAUGACUAUGUGCAUUGAUUGCCUUAUUUAUUCAACGCUCUUUUAACCAUUGAGCUUUUUGAAGAAAAAAAUCUCUUGUAAAUGUUAACUUAUCCCUCUGUCUCUUAGAAUGUUUAGUUUUGUCCAUGUUCAUUAUAUGGCAGUGUUUAAUCAUAAGCCAUUGUUAAACCCUGUACAUCACCCUCCAGUGUUAAACCCUGCGCACCAUCUGCCAGUGUUAAACCUUGUGCACCAUCUGCCAGUGUUAAACCUUGUGCACCAUCUGCUAGUGUUAAACCUUGUGCACCAUCUGCUAGUGUUAAACCUUGUGCACCAUCUGCCAGUGUUAAGCCCUGUGCACACCAUCUGCAAGUGUAAACCCUGUUACCAUCCGCCAGUGUUAAACCCUUCGCACCACCUGCCAGUAUUAAACCUUGUGCACCAUCAGCCAUUGUUAAACGCUGUGCUCCAUCUGCAAGCAUUAAGCCCUGUGCACCAUCUGCUAGUGUUAGACCCUGUGCGCCGUCUGCCAGUGUUAAACCUUUUGCACCAUCUGCCAUUGUUAAACCAUGUGGACUUUCUUCCAAUGUUAAACCUUGUGUACCAUCUGCCAUUGUAAACCCUGUGCACCAUCUGCUAGUGUUAAACCUUGUGCACCAUCUGCUAGUGUUAAACCUUGUGCACCAUCUGCAAGUUUUAAACCUUGUGCACCAUCAGCCAUUGUUAAAUCUCAUGCUCCAUCUGCAAGCUUUAAGCCCUGUGCACCACCUGCCAGUGUUAAACCUUGUGCACCAUCUGCCAUUGUUAAACCAUGUGCACUUUCUUCCAAUGUUAAACCUUGUGUACCAUCUGCCAUUGUAAACCCUGUGCACCAUCUGCCAUUGUUAAACCAUGUGCACUUUCUUCCAAUGUUAAACCUUGCGUACCAUCUGCCAUUGUAAAUCAUGUGCACCAUCUGCCAUUGUUAAACCCUGUGCACAUCUGCCAUUGUAAAACACGUGCACCAUUUGCCAGAUUUUUAUUGUGUCCAGGUAAUGGUACUGCUUGUCUUAGGCUUAAUGCCCAUGCACCACCUCAUUAUCUGUACAUGGUGGUGUCCAGCCACCUUCAUACCGUGCAAUUCAUGGCACUGGGACAGAGUUGGUUGAACUUUCAAAAUCCACUCUGAUCCAACAUUUGCAUAUCUUAAUAGAAAGAACUUGGGCUCUGAAGUGGACUUAGAAUCCACUUGCCACAGUCAGAGUAGAAUCAGCUGGCUGUAACCAACCAAGGUGUAUCAUCUACUCUGGGGCACAUCAUCCAGUCCACGGUACACAUGGAUGAAUAGGUCAAUGCACUUUUAGUCCACACUGACGAGAUUGAAAUUGAAACAUGAUUUGUGAUCCCAUUACAUUGAAGCCGAAGCAGGGCACGCCCAUCAUUUGAAAAGGGGGAAAACUGCGGCUAAACAAAGAACUCCUGCCAAAAAAUAUGUGCUCGACAUGAAAGGAGGAGUUGUCUCCCCAUUCGUGACCUAUGACUUAAUCCUUCUAUAUUCAAAAAUAAAUAAAUCAAUGUCAUUCCUCUCGUGUGUUUUCUUUAACCAUAUUUAUUUCAUAUCUGUUAUGUAACCCUUUAUUUAACAGCAGGCCUGCAAGUAAAAUAACAAGGAAUAUUUGAGAUAGGUCGCCAACUCGUAGCCCUGGGCACACUACUAACUCUACCUCUUGGUCAGUCAGGUGAAUCAAGGCAAUCAUUCAGUUUGGCUCUUAACAGGAGCACGAAUCUUUGAGAUAUAUGACAUUUAACUAAAUAAAAAACGUUAAGACAAAAGGAUAAAAUGAGAUGGUUGGCCUAUAUAUUUUCUAGUUUAAUAUGUGCAGGUCUAUGUUCAGGUUGAAGCAAUUAGAAAUAUAAAACACGGGAUAUGAAAAACCUGAAGAAAGACGAAACAACUCACGCAUUUUUAAGUCUAUGUUGUUGUGUUUUCUGUUGUUGAAAACUUCCUAAACUUCCGCUAUUUUGUUACGUCUUUUAUCGGGUGUACUUAUAAAAUGUAUCGACUACUUUAUACCAUUGUGCCAGCCGUUUGAAGGUUGAGUACCGUGUAAUGGACCUACUGUUUUUGUGUGUUGUGGUCAUUGGGCGGAGAACUACUUGACUGACUGCACUCAACUCUGUGCGAUGCCUGCCAUAUGAGUAUAACACAAGAAAAAGCCCGCAGCGGCUGGUGGGUUUAGUUUAAGGUAGGGUGGCCAUUCGUCCCGUAAAAACGGGAUUGUUCCGUUUUUUCACUAUCGUACCCGCUACCCAGUGUCCCGAAAAAGUCUCUCGGGACGCCUAAAUGUCCCGUUUCUAAAACCAAAACACAUUUUCAAAUAACUAAAACUUCCUAACUUAUAAUUUAACUUUAAGUAAUAUUUUGGCUGCACAUGGCAGUGUAGCCAGUGUCAAUAGUGAUGUAGGCUCGCGAGACGGCUGCAAUGUUCUCCCCUCCACCACUCUGCGUCACUGCGGAAAAGACAGUGUCCCCGCCAUAGAUUUUAUAUGGAUAAAUAAAUAUUCACUGUAAAAUUAUUGUUUUCGUUUAUGAUAUACCUCAGAGUUUAAAUUAAAUUACAAAAGUGAAGGUAAAUUUAACAAGAUUUCUAGGUCUCAACAUAGUUAAAAUGAGCAGAUUUCAAUAAACAGUUUCCGGCGGAGGCCCCCGGACCCCUCUAUAGCUGGAGGGCAUCCCGCACAAACCCUCCUUGGGUGUGUCCCGUUUUUUCCGGUUCAUGAUUUGGUCACUUUAAGGUGAUGUAUUAGAUUGUGACAAAUUAGGCAAGUCGAUGUUUUCCUUAAUAAAAACGUGUCCACAGUCAUGAUUGUGACUUUUCGACCCCCGUUCAUCAGGCACCACUGUGUCAAGACUUUCACGCCAUCUCCGACUGUGUACACUACCACGUACAUUGAAAAUAGCCAUUAUAAACGACUCCCCAUUGCACUGAACAUUGCAUCUGUGGCACCAUUUAUCACAGUGACAUUUUACUUCAGAACUGACUUCAAACAAAAUCGUUUCAUACAAUUUUUCCCUUGCUUCUUCUCCUAUAUACUAUACCACUGUCCAACUGGACAAAUGCACUCCGAAGAUUCUUUUCAAGGUAGUCUGCAACUUUGAACAGAGCAUUUCUCAGCGACAGCUGUCAACUGGCGGAGAUCUUUCAUGCAAAGUCCUAGGUCCUCAUACAUUUUUAUAUGCUGCACUUAUUUGUAUUAAUUGGUUCCGUAAGACAUUUUCAUUCAGUUUUCGUCUGCUCAUUGCAGUGAUCAAUGCAGUGAUAGGAAAUGUACAGUUUAUAGACCAGUCACCUCCAAUAGACCAGUCACCUUUAAUUGACAAGUAACCUAUAUAUAAUAGAGUGACAAGAUGUUUGUCAGUCUCCAGUAACGUGAUAACCGACAUUGUCUUACUGCCACCACCCGGUGGCAAUCACACGUACAGGGCCAUGUUGGGAAGUCAGACGGUCAUGGGCCAUGGGCAAGUGCCAACAAUGAGUCCGAUAGUUGACGGGUCAAGCUAGUUCGUCACUCAUGUUAAAGAUCGGGUGGAAACCGUGCAACCCGUGCUCACGUUUUUGUAUUACAUCCGACUUUCCAUAAUGGUCUUUGGUACAAAGAAUCAAACUACCGUUUGGACAGAAUGCAGACCUGUGAUGAAAAGGUCGUGACAUCAUUUCCAAUGAGCAACUGUUAGUGAUAUCAUUUGGACAGAAUGCAAAACUGUCAAUAUAUGAUCGUGAUAUCAUUUCCCAUUCGCCACUGUCAGUGAUCAUUGACACACACACACACACAUAUAUACCAUAUAUAUAUAUAUAUAUAUAUAUAUAUAUAUAUAUAAUUAGGAGCUUUUGCUCUUUUAUUUUUGUCUCAAUUACACUUUUUGUGUGCUUUCUCUAUUAAUAUAUAUAUAUAUAUAUAUAUAUAUAUAUAUAUAUAUAUAAUUAGGAGCUUUUGCUCUUGGAAUUUUGGCUCAAAGUGACUUUUAGUCUGCUUUAUCUAUUACUUUGAGAACCUUUGUUCUUUGGCAUAUAGCCAUUCUGGUUCUGUUAUAGUAUCACUACGUUUCAGCUGUGCUCAUUAAGAAUGUCUCAAAGUGAACUUCUUUGGUUCUCGACUGGAAGCACACACACACACACAAGCGUGUCUGAUCGAGACAAAGUGCGUACCAGGUUAUCACGGAGAGUACAUGUACUUUUCCACUGUACCGGUCACCCGGCAGUUCGGUAAAGACCAAUGGACUUUGUCCUUCGUGUUCGUUCUUCUUGUUUUGCAGGACUUAGUGAAAAUGUGUCAUUAGCCCCCAGGUUAAAAGGACUUUGUCCUGCCUGAUCUUUGGUUUUGUUUAGCAAUGAGUGUAUCUGAGGUUACCGCAGAGUGCUCAAAUCAAUUGUUAGCAUGACACUGAGAGGAGAUGUCAUUCAUAAUAACACGUGGCUCUUGGUAAAUACCUUAUUUCCCUUGUAUUUAUUAUGUUCAUAUGCAGGUGGCGUUGUCACUGUCCUGGGACUCUCAAAGUAGGCAUAAGUACAUUAGACAUAAGACAUCGGGGGAUGUGGGGGGGGGGGAGUAUGUGGGACUUUAAGGAAUGGGAGGAUUAAUACAAACCAUUACGUUCCUAUGUUUAGAGACAAGGUGCGAAAUACAGGAUUUUUUUAGGAAGCAUUUAAGGUCUAAACUCUAAAAUCCACUGAAUGCCUACACUCUAUUGAAUGCCUACACUCUAUUGAAUGCCUACACUCUAUUGCAUGCCUACACUAUAUUGCAUGCCUAUACUCUAUUGCAUGCCUACACUCUAUCAAAUGCCUACACUCUAUUGAAUGCCUACACUCUAUUUAGUGCAUAAACUCUAUGAAUACAAACAAUCUAUUGAAUGCCUACACUCUAUUGAAUGCCUACACUAUUGAAUGCCUACACUCUAUUUAGUGCAUACAUUAUUGAAUGCCUACACUCUAUUUAGUGCCUACACUCUAUUGAAUGACUACACUCUAUUGAAUUGCUACACUCUAUUGAAUUCCUACACUCUAUUGAAUGCCUACACCCUAUUGAAUGCCUACACUCUAUUGAAUGCCUACACUUUAUUGAAUGUCUACAAUCUAUUGAAUGCAUACACUUUAUUGAAUGCCUACACUCUAUUGCAUGCCUACACUCUAUUGCAUGCCUACACUCUAUUGAAUGCAUACACUCUAUUGAAUGCCUACACUCUAUUGCAUGCCUACACUCUAUUGAAUGCCUACACUCUAUUGAAUGCCUACACUCUAUUUAGUGCAUACAUUCUAUUGAAUACAAACAAUCUAUUGAAUGCCUACACUCUAUUGCAUGCCUACACUCUAUUUAGUGCAUACACUAUUGAAUGCCUACACUCUAUUUAGUGCCUACACUCUAUUGAAUGCCUACACUCUAUUGAAUGCCUACACUCUAUUGCAUGCCUACACUCUAUUGCAUGCCUACACUCUAUUGCAUGCCUACACUCUAUUGCAUGCCUACACUCUAUUGAAUGCCUACACUCUAUUGAAUGCCUACACUCUAUUGAAUGCCUACACUCUAUUGAAUGCCUACACUCUAUUGAAUGCCUACACUAUAUUGAAUGCCUACACUCUAUUGAAUGCCUUCACUCUAUUGAAUUCAUACACUCAAUUGAAUGCCUACAGACUUUUGUAUGCCAACACUCUAUUGAUGUGUGACAGGCAGUGUCAGGAGGUGUGGGAGGCCGUGUCUGGAGAUGUGGGACGCAGUGUCUGGAAAUGUGGGAGGCAGUGUCAGGAGGGGUGGGAGGCAGUGUCAGGAGGUGUGGCAGGCAGUGUCUGAAGGUGUGGGAGGCAGUGUCUGAAGGUGUGGGAGGCAGUGUCUGGAGGUGUGGGAGGCAGUGUCAGGAGGUAUGGGAGGCAGUGUCUGGAGGUGUGGGAGGCAGUGUUGGGAGGUGUGGGAGGCAGUGCCUGGAGAUGUGACAGGCAGUGUCAGGAGGUGUGGGAGGCAGUAUGGGAGGCAGUGUCUGGAGGUGUGGGAGGCAGUGUUGGGAGGUGUGGGAGGCAGUGCCUGGAGAUGUGACAGGCAGUGUCAGGAGGUGUGGGAGGCAGUGUAUGGAGGUGUGGGAGGCAGUGUCAGGAGGUGUGGGAGGCAGUGUCAGGAGGUGUGGGAGGCAGUGUCAGGAGGUGUGGGAGGCAGUGUCAGGAGGUGUGGCACUCAGUGUCAGGAGGUGUGGCUCUCAGUGUCAGGAGGUGUGGCUCUCAGUGUCAGGAGGUGUGGCACUCAGUGUCAGGAGGUGUGGCAGGCAGUGUCAGGAGGUGUGUAUAGUGGGGUUGAGGGAAAUUUGUUUGGAAAUCGAGAUGGCGGCGUGACAAAUGUUUCGAAAUCAAGAGAGGGGCGGCUCUCCAAAAAUCAUAAAAACCUCUGAUUUAAAAUGUGCAUAAUGGCUGCAGGUCAAAAAAUCUAAUUUUCAGCAUUAUGCAAUCAGUGUCCUUAUCUUGGUGGCUUUUGGUCUUGUAUUAUGGCUUACUUAGGGAAGAUCAGCGUAUCCGUACCGCGGUCUCACAUGUGUCCUUGAUCAGUGGCGUGGCUGGGAGAGUGGGCUCCGAUUCAUGGGGGUGUCCAGUUGGUUAAAAAACGUUCAAUGUCGCCCUGUGAAAUUUAAGCUUGAUUCCCUGAGCCAGAGAGUGACAUCAGCUUGUUAGUGUCAACCUGGCCACCAUUGACCCUAGCUACGUCACCGUUGGGCAACACGCUUCAGGCUAAUAAAAUAUGUAGCCACCGUUACUACACGGCGAGGCCCAGCCUUGAACUGGCGAGGAGGGUGCUGCUAAUAUUGUUGACUGCCUCUCCCUGCACGUAUACCAGUGGUCCCAAAGUUUGGGCUUCGCGCCUUCGAUUACAUUGGACAAGACGUUGUAAUGCAAAAGUCUCACACCUAGAAAACAGACUCACGUUGAACAAAAUCUCCCACCAACCUCACACGCCCCACACCAUCGACUCCCCCACACAUCAACUCCCCCACGGCCCCACAUCAUUGACUCCCCCACGGCCCCACACCAUAGACUCCCCCACGGCCCCACACCAUUGACUCCGCCACGGCCCCCACACCAUUGGCUCCCCCACCAUCGUCCACGGCCCCACACAAUUGACUCCCCCACAUCAUUUGACUCCCCCACGGCCCCACACCACCGACUCCCCCACGGCCCCACACCAUCGACUCCCCCACGGCACCACACCAUCGACUCCCAGGGCCCAACGCCACAUACAAACUCCACCAGUACACCAGCACCGCGAUACACUGAAUAAACGCCAAAGGAAAAGGAACUCAAAAACAAUUUUCCAACAUAAAUACGGAGAAAUGGGGUUUCCCUUCUAGUUGUUUUGUGGCCUCCCCCACCCCCCCACCCCCCACCAAUGUUUUCCCAUACUUUGUUACGCCCAUUUCCUUUUACCUAACCAGAUUGCAGUCUCGUCCGCUCAUCACCCUUACACUUCUAGUUAACGUCUUAACCUGUAACUAUUACCAUGUAACUAAAACUCUUAGAAAACUACCAUGGUCUAAUUCAUGUAACGCAAAAGACACUCUAAAGGACAAGGUCGUUCAUAGCUACGUGUUAAGUUAUGAUGGGUUUUAAGACAUUAGUAUGUUGUUAUUUGACUAUUCCCUAUACAAAAGUUUGUGGGGAGGGGCAGAAGAACGCUAGAGAUGUCACUUCCAUACAGUCGUGAACUACGUGGAUGACAUUUGGUGAUGUGCACGAUUAAGUCUAUCUUGAAUUGAAAUAGUUCUUUGUAUUGUAUUUUGAUUCUAAAUGUAACACCCCCACCCCCACCCCAUGAAUCAAAGUAAAAUAAAAAUUACGUAAAUUGAGUAGAUUUGAACAGACAUGGCUGUAAUGUAGAUUUGUGUUGAUGUGCCCUUGUUUAAAAGAAUUCAAGAUGGCUAACUAAACUUAAGCAUCAUGACAAAUACGACAGCUUUUAAAAUAGGUGUGUAAUACGGUGCUGUAUACUAAACCAAAAUUAGAUCUACCCCCUUCCACCAUUUGAACCAAUUCAUUACAUAUUUUGUGUGUGGUAUUUUUGUUUUAGCUCUGUGUAUUUUGUACCGAAGCAAUCAAGUCUCUAUUACUUGCAUGAAAAUAGUUCCAAAACUAAGUCUGUUCACUUUCUGAAAGCAUUGUUGAAGUGUGUCCAAUAUUUAGACCACGGAGACAGCGGGUUGUUGACGAUUGUUGUCGUUCUACCAGGUACGUGGAAACGGGCCAAGGUCAGACCCUGUCGAACAAAUGUGAUUGGCCAGGCCUGGAGGUGUGUCUGUUAAUCGCUAUUUUUAGCACGUCAGCCCAGCUGCGCAGUACUGAAUUUUUUAAAAUGUGACCAAUUUCUUCAAGGUGGCUUGGAAAUCGUUCAAUCAAAUAAUUCUGACCUAAUUAACACGAAUAAUAUGCUGACUACGACUUGUUGUAGGCUGGCUGAGAUGCUCUCUCACACAGCAGCUUUUGAAGUCAUGGAGUUUCUCCUGAUGUAAGCCAAUACACAUUCAUUUAAUUAAAUGUUAUGCUAAGGUUAAUAUGUUAUAUAGCAGCACAAUCGUUGAGUUGAACUAAUAAUUUUAAAACUUAAACAGAGCUGUAAAUAGGGAUGUAGAGAGCACGUAUUUCAUAUCAAUACAGUAUAUUAUUGUAUGCCACCAACUCUAUACUACUUGAGAUAGAAUGACUUCAACUUUACCCGUAUGUAAAAUGCAUUGAGCCCAUGCUUUUUGCCGGUCCAUAGUGAAUAUCAUCUUUAGAAUGUCACACACUUUAAGUGAUCCUCAAAAUGUCACACAAUGACACAUUUUCAGUUAAGUUUAAAAUUGCUAAUUGAUUGAUUCAACGCUAUUACAGCCACUAAGUUUAGGUCAAGCUGCAUUCGUUUGGGAAGCGGGUUGGAAAUUAUUGGUAAUGGUUGUUUUUUUUUUUUUUUUUUUUUUUUUUUUUUUUUUUUUUUGGUGUGGGGGGAGUGGGUGUAUUUUUUAAUAAAAUGAAACCAGAGUCCGAAAUAAUUUCUUUUAAAAUUACCCCCCCCCCCUUUUUUUUCUUCGUAAAUAAUGCGUUAAUAAAAGUGUUUGUACAAACAUUCAUUUACCCCAUUAAAUAAUGUGGUUAUCAAAGUGUUCUUACAGACCUUCAUUUUGUCUCCAGUAAAUAAUGUUGUCCAGUGUGGUUAUAAAAGUGCUCCUACGUUUACAACACUAAAAUGUUUGACUGGACUUUCACGUACUCGGAUAUGUUCUGUGUUAAUUUUGAGAUGAAAGCCGUUGUCAAGAUACUCCUAAUAACCCAUACAUUUCUACAUAUUCGGCAUUUUGUGUGUCCCAGACUACGUUAACGUGUUUUGAAACGAAAAUAACGUGCGACUGUUAUAAAACAUCAACACGGAUACUGCAUUGUUAUUGCGAUAUAGUAUUCGAUAUCCGGCUUGAGGAUAUAAGGUGUAGGUCGUGCUUUCUUUUGGGACCACUUCAUCUUUCAUUCGAUUACCAGGUGGCCCACUUAUCGGCAGGGCGAUGGCCAAACUGUACAAAGCAUGAAAUGUACAAUGUUCACAUACUUUAGCGAUACUAUUAAUUUGCAAUUCAUCAACAUUUGUUUAUUUCAACAGUUUAAAAAUAUUGUCAGUGUCGGAGACGAAUUUCAUCUGCAAAUGUUUAUAAGCAAAACUAUUUUAAUGUAUAAUCUUUUAAAACAUGUAUGAAGAUGAAGCCGAUCUACUGCCACGAAAGCAGCGUAAUACGUCACAGCCUGGUUUUCAUGGUGAUACGGAAUACAUUACUAAAUAAAUGAAUAAGCUUAAAUAAAUAGUUAAAUGGACAAUGCUGAAAAUAAGUUUAAUUUAAAACAACGAUCAGUUGAACAUAUGAUUGUUACGAGCUGUACCGUUUUAAUAUGCUGAAAGUCAAUGGAAGCUUGAAAAAACAACCUUUCAAUAGACUUUGAUUGUAUGUCGAAUAUAAGGCUACUCCCUCCUCCAUUCGUCCAAACUGAGGGCACGACUUUCUAUUAGUUUUGUGUGGGCUGGGCUGGGCUGGGCGGGAUGGUCUCAACACCGGUAUCCGCCCUCAAUUAAAAUUCAAUCUCCCAUUUAUUUUUGUAUGAGUUCAUCAUAAAUUAUGACUGUGUCAUGUUAACGUAUUGUAUAUGUAUACUCAUUGUAUUUGCUCUAACGAACUAGAAAACAAUUGAGUGAAUAAAUAGCAUUAUAUUUGCAGCCCCCCUUUUCCUUCUCCGGGUUUUACUAAUUUUUAUCACUGUGUGUUUUAAAUAUGUACGUUAUAGUUAAACCCACCAUACUCUUCCCCAAAACCUUUAGUGUACCAAAUUUAGCGAAACGUGUUCCCUCUGCUUCACAAACUCAUUAACUUGUCAGGAGAGGUACUGAAAACAUCACCCCGUAGGUGCAGAGGCGUAGCAAGGGUGUUUGGCGCCCGGGGACAAGAUUCGCGCCCGGGGACAAGAUCCAUUUAAAAGCGCCCCUUUUUUCUUUUUUUCAACUCUCAAACCCAUUAUUUUUACCAAUAAUAUGAUAUCAAAGCACAUUUUGGCGCCCCUAACUAGCUUGCGCCCGGGGAAUCUGCCCCCCCCCCCCCCCCCCCCCCCCCCCCCCGCUAGGCCUCUGCGUAGGUGUCAUUAACAUGACAAUCACUGAACGGCUUGGCUUUUUCGUAAACUCAUUGACCCAAAUAAAAAUACAGGAUGUCAACACCAUUGACGUCAUUAUUCUCCUCUCAUCCGAUUGGCUGGAUGCCGAGGGAAACCUACUCAAGGCGAGGCAGUCUAUUUAUGCUCUCUCUCCCAAUAAACUCGGUGAACCGAUUCCUGACGGUUUCGGCCUAAAUUUAUUUUGUACCAAACCGAAAACAACAAAAAGCGUAACAUUGGUUGUUGGAACUUUGGGACCGAGUAUAUAAUCUGGGUGAUGAAGAAAGACCACAUGUGUUUCUGUUAAAAUCACUAUAUUUCACGACGAUAACAUGAUUUGCAUUGAAACGAUUAUAAUAGAUGAAGUAUAGCCAGUAUAGUAAAGUAUAGUUUUGUUUGUGUGGUGAUCAGCUGAAAAGAACUGUCAAUUGUUUUAGAUGCACGUGUGAAGACGCCACAGCUGGAAAUUAACACUUUUUAAACCGUGCUCUUUUUGUGAAUGGACUUAUGACGCGUAACAGAUUUAAUAGAAUGGAAUCGUUCAGGUCAUCGGGAAUUUCCCAUCUGGAUCUUAAGAUGCAUUUCUCGUCAGCAGUAAACAUUUUGUUGGGUAGGUUUGGAGUUGCUCCUCUCUACAUGAUAAUACAAUUUUUGCACGUUCUCUGAUAUUAUGUUUGCAGAGAUUUUUUUAUUCGUUAGGCUAGAAUUAGAUAGAUGUGUUUCUUGUGUUACAGUUACAUACUUACGUUAAUUUACACAUUCCACUUUUCUUUUGGUAUAGAACAGUGGUUCUCAAAAUGUGUUACAUUUAUCACACUUGCAAGGUUUCCAAACAUUUACUAUUUUCUGCACCCCUUAGGAAUUCAUUUGACAAAGUCGUGCAACCCCUGCAUAGUAGCAUUGCAUGUUGUAAUUUAAAAAAAAAAUAUGGAAAAUAGAGCUCGAAAAAUAAACGCGUGACUUACUACCUAACGUAAAAGCAUUAAAUAUCUGUAAUAAACUCCAAUGUACAUAUAACUUAAAUAAAUAUCUGUAAUAAACUCCAAUGUACAUAUAACUUAAAAUUUAUAGACAUUAUUUGAGGUUACAUGUAUAUUGAAUUUAUUUAUACUGUAAUAAACUCCAAUGUACAUAUAACUUAAAUAAAUAUCUGUAAUAAACUCCAAUGUACAUAUAACUUAAAUAAAUAUAUGUAAUAAACUCCAAUGUACAUAUACCUUAAAUAAAUAUCUGUAAUAAACUCCAAUGUACAUAUAACUUAAAUAAAUAUCUGUAAUAAACUCCUAUGUACAUAUAACUUAAAUAAAUAUCUGUAAUAAACUCCUAUGUACAUAUAACUUAAAUAAAUAUCUUUAAUAAACUCCUAUGUACAUAUAACUUAAAUAAAUAUCUGUAAUAAACUCCAAUGUACAUAUAACUUAAAUAUCUGUAAUAAACUUCUGUUUUCAUAUAUCUUUUCUUGCAUCCCCUGAAAUGCCACCUCACACCCCCAUACUUGUCAUCUCACACCCCCAUAAAUGUCAUCUCACACCCCCAUAAAUUUCAUCUCACACCCCCAUAAAUGUCAUAAAUGUCAUAAAUGUCAUCUCACACCCUCUGAAAUGCCACCACCCCCCCUCCCCGCCCCUGGAUGUGCGAGCACCACAGGUUGUAAAACCCUGCACUAGUAGUUCAUUCAGUUCAUUCAUUCUAAGUAGUACACAGAUGUGAUCAAGAGAAAUACAGUUAUCCUUGCGGUACGACGAAAUAAGCACAUUUAUCUUCAAUAGAUGAAUUAAGUUGUAAACCAUUCCAAAUGUUUAAGAACCCCUGAGCUCCGAAGUUUGCUUACAUGAUGAAAUUUUAACUCCAAUAAUGACAUUGUUGGUCCUAUACAAUUUCUCUACCUGUAUUUGUUGACACAUGCUGUACAAAAUAAACAGAAAAUGUAAACGUGGNUUUGUUAUUGUAUAUGUAUAUAUAUUUAUAUGCAUAUGUAUGUAUAUAUAUCAAUUUGAACAGCUUACUUCAGCAGUCAACAAAAGCGCUUUAUUUUAAUAACUUUCCCAUGUGUUAGAAACGUGGGGGAAAAAAAGGGGGGGGGGGGUUAAGCCACAUAUAGUGUGGUGUUACAGUAAACCAUAUUCAGUUUGGGGGGGGGGGGCUGUCCCCCGUGUUGAUUUGAAAACUAAAGUAAAGACCUACAAACUACUGUGUUGUACUUUCGUAAAUUGCACAUACAAGCGGAUUGGAUCCAUUUCCCCGUAUCUGUUUUGUGAGCACCCAUGUCGAGCUCUGAGUCACCCGGCUUUGCUUCCCAUCCCCUCCCUAUUCACUAUACAGACGUAAAAAUGUACAGUGUUCUUUCGUCAGCUUGUUAUCUUAAGUGCUCCUAGACUGGUCACCCCCGUCACCACUAGACUGGUCACCCUAGUCACCCCUAGACUGAUCACCCCCGUCACCACUAGACUGGUCACAUUCGAUUAAAGUACUGUUAUAUGUUCACAAUAAAGUCGGGGUUCACAUUCCCCCACUGAAAUGAUUUUGUCUGUCCUAUUGGGGACUUGCCCGUUUCCUUUAUUGAAAGAGAAGUUUAUCUCACUAUUUAUAUCAACAACUUCUGUGUGGUUGAGUAAAUGUUCAAGUCACUGGUCCAUAUCGGUCAUGUUAAGUUAUAAGUAUGUACGAUGACAUUGGAGGAUCUAUUUAUUUGUUGUUUGAGCGGCCCUGACACUGAAUACCUUGAUGGCUUUUGUUACGUUAUUAUUCUAUUGUCUCUAGUACCAGGACAUAGUUUGCGUAUAUAAAAAGGAUUUAUGUUUCCCCGUUUAAAGUGACGUGUUGUGUGAAAGACGUCAUAGAGAAAGUUGAAGACCAGCUGGAAUCCAGUUAAUGUUACCAUUGACGUCAGUCGUGUGAAGAUGAGCACUGGAAUAGCUGCGUAAACAACAGCAAUAAAAUCAUUUAUGGGUCAUCUUAUUAAAGCAUAAUUAGGGUACAUCCAUGGAGAUUGGUAAAGCAUGAUAUUAAAUAUAUAUAUUUAGACUAUGUACUUCAAACAAAUGAUAAUUUCGGAAAUUUAUAAAUAAAAAAUAGAAUAGGUCUAAUAAUAUCUCAAUUUUAGAUUGGUAAAUGUGACUACCAAAAUUGGUUUCAUGUUGAUGGUAGGAGCAUCACUGCUCCGACCCUAACCCCUUGUUGCUAAAUCUACAUUCCCAUGCCCAUGACGGACAUUGUAACCUUGCUGUUGCAGAACACGAUCUUAGUGGUGACGUGUUUAGGCCGCAUGAACCUUUGUCCAGCCAGCUGGUCAACUCCUAGUUCCUGGUGCCUUGGGGGCCAGGGAAGCGAUUAAAAGCGGAUUUGGAGCAUGUGACUGGCCCCUCCGCCCCCCCCCAAAUCCCCCCAUGGGGUGGUCGAAUACAAUGCUGUGUAUGAUUGACCUUACACUUCCAAUACCACCCUCGCCCUUGCCCCGGGCCAUUUAUUUUUCUACCGUGUCACCCAUUUCACUAGUUGGUCUUUAUGUCAGUGUGUCUUUGUGAUGGCGGUGUUGUAGGCCAAACGCGGAGAUUCUCAAACUAAUUCUUGGGAAUGGAGGCCUAUGAAAGGGGCAAAUGUCCCGUGGCCUGUCUUUUUGCAUAAUAUAUAAAUAGGGCGAGAUGGGAAAACUCAAGUCUCCAGACUCUAUAAAUUUUUUCCGAUGUCCAUGCAACUUGUCUUGUCACUUCCAAUGUUCGUGCAACCCCUUUCAUUUAUUUUUUUGUGCACAACCCAAAGAGUCACUCUCACUUUUCGGCGAUCCGGUGUUUUAGACCCACUGGCCCCCCUCCUUCCACUGCCCCUGCGAGGCUUGUGACCCAUUGCCCCUGCGAGGCUUGUGACCCAUUGCCCCUGCGAGGCUUGUGACCCAUUGCCCCUGUGAGCCUCGUGACAUUUGUUUAGUACAUUCUUAAAAUGAAUGUGACAUAAGAGUUUGUAGCCAUUCGAUAUAGCAAUGAUAAGAGUUUGUAGCCAUUCGAUAUAGCAAUGAUAAGAGUUUGUAGCCAUCCCUGCCUCAUACUGCCAUGCAUCGAUUAACAUAGGGCCUUCUUCGAACUUAGCGGGGCUCGCACUGAACCUGGCGAUUUCCCAUUGGCGGGCAGGCUAUCGCUUGAGAAGCCUUGCAAUAAAGUUUUCUCAGACCCUGGUGAUUGGUUGGGAGCCAGGCCGCAGCACCCCUAGGGCCAUAUUUCUCCCACGCGCCCCUCACGUGAUGAUGCAAGAGAGGGAGACAGAAGUGGUAGUGGCUGGUGGUAGUGGCUGGUAGUCGUGACCUUUGACCUAGUGUAGCGCGAGUCGCGGGGUAAGGUAGGGGAGGGAGACGGUGUGUCCAGUGGACACAACUCAUCCAUUGAGCCGCCUUGACCACUAGUUGCGCACAUCGAUCACCGUAAGGUAUUGUUGCGACCCAGAGUAGCUGUUGUGCUUGGUUGACAUUUUGAAAUAUUCAGGUAAACAGAUGAAUGACAUCUUAGUUUCAUUUAUUAGCUUUGUUAAAUUUGUUUUUUAUAUUAUGGAUUUCAUCAUGGACCAUGGAUUACCAAAUGAGGGCAGAUUUUCACUUUGAGUUCUAUAAUAUAUUUGAAUUUGAUCAAUUUCAACAUGGCUGUUUCGUGUUCGUCUUCAUCGUGGCAUAUCGUUUGUCUUAUUUAAUUAAAUUUUUCUAUGCUACUACUACUACUCAUAACCUCAUUUGCCUGUUAAAUCCAUAUCAAACAUAUCAAUGCAGUUUAUUAAUAUUUUGAUGAUUUUUGUGUGGUUAUUUAUUUCAGCUACGUGAUUAGAAAGAAAUGAUUAAGUUACUCUCGAAUCCCUCUAGCCUGUCAUGUUAGGCAUCUGAGUGUUUUUUUUUUACAAAGUUAAAGCCCAAAUUAUCAUGUAAAUGUAGCCUUUAAACACAAAAAACAAAAACUUUUUAAGAAAGCUCAGAAUUAGUUUAUGGGUGAGCUAUAAAUUAUAUUCAGAUGGUAAACAUGACCCCACUGACUGACAUUAUUAAUGUAAUUGACAAACGGACCCACAACCUGAUACAGGAAGUUUGGGCAUUGCGUUAAGGGAAAACUAUGUUAGUAUUGUUAGGGAACAUUUUUCAAUCAUUUUUUUCAUAUUUCGUAUUCAUGGGUGUUUUUAUUUUAAUACCUGUAACACUGUUACUAGAUGGCACAUUCACAUGCCAUUGAAAAAAUGUAUACUGAAUACUUAUAUAUCGGGAAAUCAAAAUUUACCAUUUCAUUUAUAACGAAUAUGCUUAAAUUUUAAGUACCAGUAAUAUGAUUUAAUAUGCAGGACAUGGGCCUUAUGUUAUGGCCCCCAAAUAAUGUAAGCAUAGGCGAGGCAUAGGGCCAUGCAAUAGGGCUGGGGCCUGUGUCAGUCUAGUAUAGAAAAUAUGCCUGAGUCAUGAGAUGGUGGUCUGGUUAUUAUUUACUAACCUUUUUAAUAACCACAUCAGGCCAUUAAAUUUUAUGUCAGAGAGAAAGAGAAUGCUGAGAUUGAGAUGUUGUUAAAUAUAUGUAUUUGAUAUUAGUUUAUCUCAGCCCUAGUUCCAUAUUUUGAUUACUUUGAAUUCAUUUAUGUAAAUUUUGGGUUAGCAGUCAUUUGUUUUUCCCCAUGCCAUGGAAUACAUGUGUAAUGAGCAUGCAAUAAUUUAGACCCUAGGACUAACAUAAAAUAUUUAGCAAGCUAGCCCCCAAUAUUCUUAAAGUUAAAUAAAUGUCAGCUGAAAGUAACUGAUGAGUAACUCCAUACAAAAGGACUACCUUAUUCUGUUACUGUGGAUUUAAGCCUGCUUCCCCCUGAUUUCAUCAUAUUCUUGUUUACAAACAAGCCAAGUUGACUUGACCUAGUUAACUAACACUCUGGGUUGUUGUACUUUGGAUGAACCCACAGGCCUUUCAUCUUUGUGCUUUUCUACUGGAUUUCAUCAUCAUGUUUUAAAUAAUUUUAUACCUCUUAUAUAUAUANAUGUAUGUAUAUAUGUAUGUAUAUAUGUAUGUAUAUAUGUAUGUAUAUAUGUAUGUAUAUAUGUAUGUAUAUAUGUAUGUAUAUAUGUAUGUAUAUAUGUAUGUAUAUAUGUAUGUAUAUAUGUAUGUAUAUAUGUAUGUAUAUAUGUAUGUAUAUAUGUAUGUAUAUAUGUAUGUAUAUAUGUAUGUAUAUAUGUAUGUAUAUAUGUAUGUAUAUACGUAUGUGUAUACAUACCUGUUUACCCACAAACUCUUCAAAUCCUACAAUAUCAUCACAAAAUCCUUUAAAACAUUAUCUUAAUUGUAAAAUAAUAAUAAAUCUACAGUAUAAACAUGUAUACAUCUUAAAAUCGUACAUCGUACGCCAAAAUCAUUAGAGUAAACAGGUCUAUAUGUAUAUAUCUAUAUAUAUAUGUGUAUAUACACAUAUAUAUAUGUAUGUAUAUGUAUGAAAAUGUGUGUGUGUGUAUGUAUGUGUAUAUAUAUAUCCCUAAAGAAAUUUCUAUUGUGUUUGAAGAGUACUGCUAGAUGUGUUUGAUAUAUAUAUAUAUAUGGACAAAACUAUAUUCAAUCUUUGUUUGAUAUUAAAUUAUCAAAUAAAUGACAAACCUUCAGGAAUCAAAAUUUUUUUGACAAAAGUAAUAGUUUUUUAAAAUUAUUUUUUCUGUAAAAAUACAUUAAGGAAAUCAGUUAAAAAUAUUCUUUAUUUUGGAUCAUGGCCAAUCUUAAAAUCUUUGCAUAAUUGGUAUGAAUGCCCCUAGGGAAUAGCCAUGCCAUUGAGCUGUUACAACAUUGUAAUUUUAUAUGUCUGUCUUUCACAGCUCAGAAGAUGCGAUUGGGUAUUCCUGACAACUCAAAACUAGUUCUACAGUCUCUGGCCCAUACUAGCAGUAAGCCGAACCCUGGCCAUCAUACAUCGCAGCAGUCAGCUCUAGAAAAACAUCAUUUGUUCACUCGACGCUACUCCAAUCCACAAGGGGAUCCAGUAGAAGACACAUUUGACACUGAAGUGCUGCAUAAGUUCAAUGUCACAGUAUCAGAUUCUUCAAAGCUGAUCUUGCCAAAACAAAACACGCAGAGAAAUCUUUACAGCAACUACUCCCCAUACAGCAAGGACGACUCGCUCCCACCACACGACACCAAAAUGGUUGGAUCAUCUGGAGCUCCAUGCCUGCCCCGCAGACAGUCCACACCAAAUCUCCUCGGACUAAGCAGCCUCCAAACCUUCAACCAAAGCAAAAGUUUUUGUGUCCCUCACUCAGAUUCCAGUGUGGAUCCUGAGAAACACACGAGUGCACUUGCCACAUAUGUUGCUCAACAGAGCAAUGACAUGAGUGUAGCAAAACUGACAGACUCUAACAAACUUGACUCUAACAAACUUGACAACAAUGCUAUGCUCACCUCAGCAGCUCAAAGGGUCCAGAACCCUGUUUUGUUAGAUUCUGCUGAUGGUGCCACUCACAUUGAGAAACCGCAGGGCUUCGGCUUCCUGUCCCGCACCAGACAGUUUGGGGCUUGGUUAACUAAAGCCACGGAGGGGGAGAGAGUGGAAAUCACAAAAAAAGAUCUCAACGUUUUAGCACCCAACUCCUUCUAGUGUCAUGGUGGCCGGCAUCAACUUAAGGUCUUGUGAACAUUAAUUCAUGAUUUGUGCACACAGACCACAGCAUCAUGAAAGUUUAAUUUAUUAUUAUUUUUGUAUUUAAAGUUUAGUUUGGUAUUGUCAUAUAAAUAUUUGAGUACAAUUACAUUUUGACAAUAAAUUUGCUAAGCCUAUUACUAUUACUUCAGUAUGAUGGGCAUCACAAAUUAGUUUGUAGGCACCAUUAGUUGACCUUGAAUGGAUAUUAUUUUUUUAGUGUCCCCCUCCCCCCCUCUUCCAUUUGUUUCAUAUUGACAGUACUAUUAAUAGAACAAGGAAUUCUUUCAUGCUGUUGUAAUUUAAAACCGGAUAUAUUUAAACUACUUGAGAAUUUUUGCUUACACUUAAAAAGCUUAAAUUUUUUUAUUUAAUUAAAAAAUUUCUAUCUUAUGAUCAAAUAUAAAAAAAAAAUUGUCAUUUUUGAUAGCUGUAUAUUGCUUAGCAACACAAUCUGCUUGUUUUUAAAACCAGUAGAAACCUAGUCACAAAAAUAACAAGACUUUAAUGCAAAGUUUUGGGGCAAGAAAUUCAAUGAAUUUUUUUUCUUUAAGCUCAGAAUCCGAAUAUUCAUAUUUUUCUCCAUUAUUAUUAUCAAAAGGCUUUGCACCCAUAACCUUGAAUUAAUUAUAGCCUUAUCAUUCGCUCAAGUCAUUUCACUGUUAAUAGGUUCAUGAAAUUCAUUAUUAUUAAAUAUUAUAGUCAUAGUAGGAACGAAUGUGUGAAUAAAUGAAACAUAAAUAAAAGAUAAUUUUGCAACGUAUAUUGUCAAUUUGUUUUUGCUGUGUCGAUUUUCUAUAAGUUACAAGAUACAAAAGGAUACUGACACACCAUGUAGAAAUCAAUUCAUAUACUUUUUUUUAAUCACA